CCUACCUACAUACUAGACAGUGCCUAUAAGCAGUAGUAUCAUCCUCUAUGUAUGUCGAUAUCAACCUUGAUCUUGAACUCACGAAUCUUUAACCUAUUUCGUUCAGCACAAUAAAAUAUCGACAUCUCAGGCUUGCCGUUGACUUAUAACUCCAUGGCAUUUAGGCCGAUAUGGUCACAAUUGAAACAAGGAAGGCGACGCUUUGGUAGAUUCGGCUUCCAGCUUUUCGCAAUCGCAACAUGGAUCCCCGUGGUGUCCAUGUUCAAUCACUAUGUUGGCGAGCUGUCUUGGAUUAAUGGCCCAUCGAUGUAUCCAUUCCUAAAUGCGGAAAAGGACCAGACGACACGGCAGGACAUAGUGGUCAACUACAAGUUCAAUGCACAAUACGGGCUAAAGCGGGGAAUGAUUGUAACAUUCUGGAAUCCUUAUGAUCCGGAGAUCGUGACUGUCAAGAGAAUUGUUGGACUAGAAGGUGAUAUUAUUAAGACGAGAAAUCCGUAUCCCUCCCCUACUGUACGGGUACCGGUAGGACAUGUCUGGGUUGAAGGCGAUGGAGGUGAACGCUUGAGUAGGGACAGCAACGACUAUGGACCGAUCUCGACUAAUCUCAUCAUUGGCAAGGUCACUCAUGUAUUAUGGCCACUACAUAGAUUUGGCAGAGUGCGCUGGUGGGACUUUGCAGGAAACCAAAAGAAUUAACUAAGCAUCAAAAUCAUUAUUCUACCUUUUUCAACUCAACCUCAUCAAUGAUAGCAGACCAAGUAUUAUAUGUAUA